GUAAGUAAAUAAUACGUGGGCGGGGACUGAGCUGCGCGCGUGCGUCACGGGAGUGCAGGACGAGAGAGGCAGUUAAAAAAAAUAGUGGGGGAGAAAGUUCACUUCAUAGGCGCCAGAAAAGAAAGGGAAGGAAAUUGAGGGAAGGUCUUUCUUACACCUUCCCCGGUAUGGGUCCUUGUAGAGCGUUCUCGCGGCCCGCCCUCCUGCUGUGCCUCCCGCUGCUCUUCCCGGCGCUGGGUCACAUCGCCAUGGGAGCUCCCGUGCCCGGGGAGCAAGGAGGCUGUCAACAGUACACAAAUAAAACUUGUGAGGAAUGCCUGAAAAAUGUCACGUGUUUAUGGUGCAGCAGCAGCAAAAAAUGCAUGGAAUACCCUGUUCGUAACAUCCUCCCGCCCAGUUCGCUUUGCAAGUUGAGUUCUGCCCGCUGGGGUGUCUGCUGGGUGAAUUUUGAAGCUCUCAUUAUUACAAUGUCGGUGGUGGGAGGAACAAUCCUUAUUGCGCUUUGUGUUUGUUGCUGUUAUUGCUGCAGGAAGAAAAAGAACAGAAAGCCCGAUAAGGAGGAUGAAAAAGCUGCCAGGGAGAGAGAGCAAAGACGAGUGAGGCAAGAAGAGAGAAGAGCAGAAAUGAAAUCGAGGCAUGAUGAAAUCCGGAAAAAAUAUGGUUUGUUUAAAGAAGAGAACCCGUAUGCCAGAUUUGAAAACUGAUUUCUUGUUUUCAAAUCUCUGCCAUUGCUGUCUAUAGAAUGUGUAGCAUGGCUGCUAAAAGAUUCAGUAAAUUAGAUGCCUUAAUUACAAAUGGAAAAGUCUUAAUACAAGACAGAGCCAACUGUAACUGCAAUGAGCUGUUAAUAAACAGUGAGAUGAAAGAGCAAGCAAAGCAUACCUCUGAAAAUCCAAAUGGCCUAAUAGGCUGGAAGAUGUUAAAUUUUUGUUCUCUCUGUCUGUCCUGCAGGUGGGUGUCCUGCUAUGUAGUAUAAGCAUAACCUUUGUUUGUCAGUCAAUUCUUAAGCUGUUUUCUGUGGUCAGCAGAUUAUAGCUAUUUUUAAUUGAAGGGUGGGAGUAAGAUAAGCUUUUUAGGAUCCUUGUGUAGGUCAUCUUGAAAAGCUAGCUGGGUAGGCUAUAUGAAAGGAACAUAAGCUUUAAUUGUGCCACUAGCAGAAAGUGCCUAAAUUGGUCUUAAAAACCAUUUGUUUCCAGCACGUAUGUUUUUAUUGUGGGACUGUGAGGGUUUGCACUUUUAUAUAUUGAUACAAUUUUUUCUUCUUUGGUAAAUGUAUGCGUUCUUCUGUUGUGCCUUUUUCUGAAAAAAUAACUUCAACUACAGAGGUAGUUAGACUGAUUUAUGUUAUUAACAGUAUGAUACUAAUUUUAUACUGAUAUUCAUUAGAUGGCUGCUGUUAUUGGAGUUUUAAAGGCUCUGCUUAUAUUUAAGUACAUGUAUUGCUUGUAAUUAAGAAGCUGCCAAAUACUUGUAUAAUACUUGUAUCUGAAGCAAUGUAUAAUCUUGGAAAAAAUGUCCUUAGUAACCAAAUCAGAAGAACGAAAAGACUCCUUUCUGAAGUAAAGAACCAUAAUGAAGCCUGGAGGUUGAUUUCUGUGGCCUAGGGUAAGGCCUGUCAAAAAAAUGUUUUGCUUGAUUCAGUAGCCAGUUUGUCUUCAAACUAUGCUAUGUCAAGAGUCCUAUGCACUGGAGUUUGAUUUUUUUUAUUAAGGCAGAUUAAUUCAUAAGGGAAAUAUUUUUGUAAUGUUUUAUGUAAACUGGAAGAGUGGAUUAAAAGGCAGCCAUGAAAGAAUAAUUCGGAGGGGUGGCUGUUCUAAAAAGGUACUUGGAAUGUGCCAGAUUUACCCCCCAAGAACCUUUGAAUACUGCACUUGCCUGCCAUGAAACACAGAGCUUAGUGAAAAACACAGCUUAGUGAAAAAUGUAGAAUGAUAUUGUCAUUACCCCCCAAAAAACUAAAAGCAUUGGAUAGUAGAUAGUUUAAAUGUGAGACUUUUGUGGCCAUGCCCUUCAUAAAAAAACACAUGGAUUAAUCAAGUAGUAAUAUUUAAUUGCAGUCUUUAGAUAUGUAUAGAUGUUGUCAAUGGCACAACACAUGGAAUACUUUAUAAUCCAUUAAACAUAUUUUCUCUUCCGUUGACAACUUCAUAAAGGUCAUAGUGAACUCUGGAGGGUUUUUUUUUUACAGAGUCCUACCUAAAAUGCAUAGUAGUAAAUUCCAGAAAUGUAGGAUAUUGUAUUAUAAAAGCUUUCAUACAAUUAUUUUGCCAUACUAACAGGUGUUGAAUGAAUUAACUACAACAAAAUUUGUAAUUUAGAUAACAAAAUAAAUAUUUAAUAUCUUA